AUGUUUCCUGAUAAAUUUAAACAAUUUGUCAGCAAUCGACUAAAAUUAAUCAAGAACUCAUUCAACUCUGAAACAACUCCUGUUAAAUGGCAUCAUGUACCUGGUCAUGAUAACCCAGCAGAUCUGGCAUCAAGAGGUUUGCAGCCAAAACAAUUAUCAACCAAUUUAUUAUGGUGGCAUGGUCCACAGUGGCUUUGUCAAGAACAAGACAUGUGGCCCACACUACAAGCAACUCACUGUGAUAAAAUAAUCGACAUCGAAAUUAAACCUGUGCUAACAGCAUCAGUCACGACUCAGCAAGAUACAGACAACAACCUUGAACAACUCCUUGUAAAACACUCAUCAUUAAAUAAAAUGGUGAGAGUAUGUGCUUGGUGUCUUAAGUUUUUACAUAAGACAAAAAUGACUUCAGCAACUCCAAAAGAAUUGGUAAUUACAACAGAAGAAUAUGAUACGACGUUAUUGUAUUUUAUCAAACACACACAACAUCAAUAUUUCUCACAGGAAAUAUCAGCAUUGAAAAAUCAUGAACAAUUACCAAAGUCAAGCUCAUUAAUACGAUUGACACCAUAUUUAGAUAAAGAAGGUGUAUUAAGAGUUGGCAGCAGGUUGAAUAAUGCAAAUUUAACACAGUCAGCUACUCAUCCAAUUAUAUUGCCAAUUAAGUCAAAGUUGACAACAUUAAUAUUGGAAUCAACUCAUAAAUCCACGUUACAUGGAUCACCACAACUCAUGUUAGCAACAGCUCGACAAAAAUAUUGGAUUAUUGGUGGAAGAAUUCCAUUCCAAUCAGUCUAUUGGAAGUGUUUUAUUUGUACACGUCAACGUGCAUUGGUCAGUCAACAACUCAUGGGACAACUCCCUCCAGCUCGAUGUAAUCCGAAUCCAGCAUUCAUUAAUACUGGUGUGGACUUUGCUGGACCAUUCAUACUAAAAAAAUGGCUUGGCAGAUGUAAACAAACAUAUAAAGCAUAUAUUGCUGUGUUUGUGUGCUUUGCAAUAUUAGCCACUCACUUGGAAGUAGUUAAUGGAUUGUCUACUGAAGAGUUCAUAGCAACAUAUCGACGUUUUACAUCACUUCGAGGUGUAUGUAAAAAUUUGUAUAGUGAUUGUGGUACCAACUUUGUUGGUGCAAUAAAAGAACUUCAAUCACUUAACACUCAAGCUCACAACAUGUGUGACUUUGCUCAUCAACUCAGCCUUGAAGGCAUGAAUUGGCAUCUAAAUCCUCCUGGAGCACCACAUUAA